AUGAGAACAAUGAUCCACAACUACCAAACCAACAACGACCAUAAGAUUGAAUUAGUAUGGAUUCCAUCGGACGUCUCCAUUCCUGGCAAUGAUCAAGCAGACCGUUGUGCCAAGGAAAGUCUGAGUCUGGAGGAUAUCGAGUCUGUAGAAUACUCCUAUUCGGAAUUCUGCAGUAUCGUAUCUUCUAGGAUCAACCAGAAAUGGGCCUACAUGUUACGGAACCUCGACACCGCAAGAUACCAUAUUGAUCCGAAGAUACCAAACCAUACCAAACCAUCCAUCUGUAGCCAUCUACAAAGUGGCAACCAGACUCCAGACCAACAACAUCUUCCAGUUUUCCAACAGUUAUUAUAUAAUCUAACCAAACCAAAUCAACGACUACCAUUCGACUACCAAUCAACAAGAAAUACCAUGAUCAGAACGAGUUGGGAAGAAUGA